AUGGACGAGAAUUUAGUCGACGAUAUAAUACGGCGGUUGUUGGAGGCGAAUAAUGGUCGGGCGGGGAAGAAGCAGGUGCCGCUCACUGAGGCGGAGAUUCGUCAGCUAUGCUCUGCUUCCAAAGAGGUUUUCCUUAGCCAGCCUAAUCUCCUCGAGCUCGAGGCUCCUAUCAAGAUUUGCGGUGAUGUUCAUGGUCAGUUUCCAGACCUCUUGCGGUUAUUUGAAUAUGGUGGAUAUCCGCCAGCUGCAAAUUACUUGUUUCUUGGGGACUAUGUUGAUCGUGGUAAGCAAAGCAUAGAGACAAUAUGUCUUCUUCUUGCAUACAAGGUCAAAUACAAGCUCAAUUUCUUUCUCCUCAGAGGCAAUCAUGAAUGUGCUUCAAUCAACCGUGUAUAUGGGUUCUAUGAUGAAUGCAAAAGGAGAUAUAAUGUCCGCUUAUGGAAGACUUUCACUGACUGCUUCAACUGUCUGCCUGUCGCUGCUCUCAUUGACGAUAAGAUUCUCUGUAUGCACGGUGGACUGUCGCCUGGUCUGAAGAGCUUAGAUGAUAUCAAGAGGAUUCCUCGCCCUAUUGAUGUUCCUGACCAGGGCAUUCUUUGUGAUUUGUUAUGGGCUGAUCCUGAUAGAGAGAUUGAAGGCUGGGGAGAGAAUGAUAGAGGUGUCUCGUAUACAUUUGGGGCCGACAAAGUGGCUGAGUUCCUUCAAACUCAUGACCUUGAUCUUGUAUGCCGAGCUCAUCAGGUUGUAGAAGAUGGAUAUGAGUUCUUUGCAAAGAGGCAACUGGUGACAAUAUUCUCUGCACCCAAUUACUGUGGCGAGUUUGACAAUGCUGGCGCAAUGAUGAGUGUUGAUGAUAGCUUGACAUGUUCAUUCCAAAUCAUCAAGUCAUCUGAGAAGAAAGGAAGAUUUGGAUUCAACAACAAUGUUCCUAGACCAGGAACCCCACCUCAUAAGGGUGGAAAAGGUGGUUAA